AUUGUUAUACUCAUUAGUUUUCCUUUUGUGCAACCGCAGCUGUAGCAGAAUCUAAUCCGGUUGCCCCUGAAGAAAACAAUUCAGUAAUCAGAAGUAAAAGAAACCAUAAAACGCAAUAUGCAAAGGAACAGUUUCUAAACAAAUACCUUAAAAGUUCGAUGCAGCCUCACAUAAAGAAAACCAAUCAGACAAUAAGAAAUAAAGAUGAAACGAAUGUUUAUAUUUCACAAAAUCCAAAAAGUAAUGUAAAAGAAAAUUACUCAACAAGGAAAGGAUAUAGAAAUGGACCAGAUAAUAUAAACAGAAACAAUUUACCACAAAGAAGAAAUGAUUCAUUUCAAAAUAGAAACACUAUCUAUCAUACAUCAGAAAUAGGUGGUAACCAAACAAAUUUUAAAACCAGUGCUAGUCAAAGAACAACCAGAAAAAAGUUUCUGGGUUUUAAAAAGUUAGAAGAAAUGUACCAAAUGGAUCCUGAAAUGAUAAUUAUACAAUUACAGGAUGCUGAUUUAGAAACGGUUCUCAGUAGUAAUUUGAGCCCUGAUUUCAUUGUUCUGAUAAUAAAAAUUUUGGCCAAAGUUUCAUCAUCUACAUUUAUUCACAAUAAAUUUGCAGUAGUAAAUUUAAUUUCAUCGGAGAAAUUUUUAAACAGUUUAUUCGAUUAUGUCACCAGACUAUAUGCACAGACUCAACAAGAAAAACGACGCAACCAAUAUUUUUGGAAGGAACCUGAAAUUUUUUUUAACAAUUUGUUUGUUACGUGCAAUAUGUUGAUAGAUAUUGCACCAAGCAUGGCAUGCGAUAAAUUAGAAAAAAUAAUUAAAAGUUAUGAAGUUACAUCAGAACUUCUUAAAGCCAGUAACAUAGUUACUAUAUCAGAAGAAACAAAUCAGAAGUUUUCAGAUUUAAAAUUAAAAUUCGACAUGUGCGUCAAGGAGCAAGAGAGAAGAAAAACGGCAAUGAAACAGGAGUCCAUCCAUGAUGAAGAACCACCCGAUGAUUUCCGGGAGAUAAGUGUUUAUCCAUUACCCGAAGAAGUCAUUUCGAUUACUAAACCUUUUAUUAGAGAAAAUAUUGUAAAAGGACCCUAUAAAAAUGUUGAACAUUAUCUUGAUAUUCAGUUUAGAUUAUUAAGAGAAGACUUUGUAGCUCCGCUAAGGAAAGGUAUUUGCGACUAUAGAGAAUUCAAAACAACUCCAAAACCGAAAAACGCAAAACUGAAAAACUCGUCUGUAAAGAUCUACGAAAAUGUUUAUUUUUUAUAUAAUAAAACUAUAAACGACCAGGUUGGUGUCGUUAUUCAGCUUACUUCAUCGUUCAAAAAGCAAAAACGUAAACAAAACUUUGAAAAUUCUAGACAAUUUAUGUAUGGGUCGUUAAUGUGUUUUACAAAAGAUAACUUUGCUACCCUUAUAUUUGGCAAGGUACUUGAACGAAACAAGGAAUUAUUGGAAAAUGACCAGCUUGUUAUUGGAUUCGAAAAGGAAUACAAUUCCGCCUAUGAAUUUGACAAAUCGUACACAAUGAUUGAAAGUAAAGUCUAUUUUGAACCAUACUACCAUGUCCUCGCAGCAUUACAAGAUUUCAAUCCGGAACAUUUCCCUAUGAAACAAUACUUUAUCUAUGUAAACCCUGAUGUAAAACCACCAGAUUAUCUUCUUCCAGUCAGCGGAUAUUUAACUCUAAGAAACAAUUCAGUUCCAGUAUUAAAUAAUCCACUUACAUGGUCAAAUCUGAGGGCCCAACUGAGUGAAUUUGAUGAUUCACAAUUCAAUGCAUUUCGAAGCGCUUUAACUGAAGAAUUCGUGGUUAUUCAAGGCCCUCCUGGUACCGGAAAAACCUAUCUGGGUCUAAAAAUUGCGGAAGUCCUGUUAGAAAAUUUAGAAUUGUGGAAUAUUUAUGGUCGCAUACCAGAGAAUACCAAAAUGCCAAUGUUAGUAGUUUGUUUUACGAAUCAUGCCUUGGAUCAGUUUUUGGAAGGUCUUUUACAAUUUACUGACAAAAUCGUACGGGUGGGAGGCCAAUCCAAAAAUGAGAAAUUGAAAAAUUACAGCCUAAGAGAGCAAAAAAAGAAAGUUAAAAUAGGUGGGCAAUUUGGACAUGCAUUAUAUGAAAAAAGAAAAGAUCUUACAAAUAUUUUUGCCGAAAUAAAAGCAGUCAAUGAAACAAUAGACCGUAUUAUAAAAAAUGAUGGGGUUCUAAAUGUAAACCCACUUUGGUGUAUUGAUAAUAAAAUUAGAUCAUCGUGGUUUGAAUACGCAAAACCACAAGAAGUUAUCGAUUGGUUGUUUGGUGGGAGAGACAGACAGAGAUUAGAUAUAGAAGAACAGAAUAACAUGCCCCCUGAGAUAAAUGAAGAAAAUGAGUCGAAAAACGAUGAUGAAAUUGACUCGGAAGAGGAAAUUUAUGAAGAAAUUGACGAAAACAUUCAUACUGACGACAAAGAUGAAAUUGAAAUGGAUUUCUUACCGAAUAUUGCUCACUUUAAUAUGCCAAAUUACUUGGUAAAUAUCAAAACCAUGGAAGAGAAAAUUAAAAAUAAUGAAUGCAAAUUAAUUGACCUUAGGAAUCAAGGUUUGGAUGUACAUUCCUAUUUAGAAGAACAGGAAUUGCAGUGGGUUUAUUUCCAAGCAAGAGAAGAACUGAAAUUCUUCAAAGAAAAAUUAAAUGAAGGAGAAAAAACACUAAGACAAGAUCCAAAAAGUUUAAAAAAGCCACGAGACAUUGAUUAUAAAACUCCUACAAACAUGAAAUCGGAAGACCGUUGGAAUCUGUACUAUUUUUGGGUAACUCAAUUUUUAAAUCUGCUCUUCAAUCGUUCAAAGAAACUGCAGCAAGAUUAUAGUAAAAUUUACAAACAAUACGCCGAACUAAAAGAUAUAGAAAACCUUCAACUAAUACGAACAAUGGAUGUAGUGGGGAUGACAACAACUGGAGCAGCCCGACUGCAAACGACACUACAGUCCUUGAAAUGCCGAGUUGUAAUAGUAGAAGAGGCUGCAGAAGUAUUAGAGUCUCACAUUAUUGUUUCAUUGACGAAACAUUGUCAACAUUUAUUACUCAUCGGAGAUCACAAACAACUGCGACCUUCUACGGCUGACUUUCAUACUGAAACGAAAUAUAAAUUGGGAAUAAGUUUGUUCGAACGCAUGGUUGUAAACAACAUGCAUUUGAACACUCUUAAAGUGCAGCACAGAAUGCGUCCCGAAAUAGCUUCCCUCAUCGUUCCAGCUAUUUAUCCAGAAUUGGAAAAUCAUGAAUCUGUUCUGAAUUAUCCUCCUGUCAUGGGCAUCGACAGUUCUCUUUAUUUCAUAAAUCAUAAUGAACCAGAAGGAGAAUGGGGCGACUCCAGUAAAAAGAACGACCAUGAGGCAAAAUAUCUAAUUCAGUUAGCCCGUUAUCUCAUUCUUAAUGGGUACAAGCCUGAGGACAUUACUAUUUUAGCCGCCUAUUCAGGACAAAUGUUCAAUUUGUUUCGUGAAAGAAGAGAUUAUGGUACCGUCCUGCAUGACGUUAGAAUCACUGUACUUGACAACUAUCAGGGUGAAGAAUGCAAGAUUAUACUUUUGUCACUUGUACGAAAUAAUCAUGAAGGUAAAAUAGGGUUUUUAAAGAUCGAAAACCGAGUUUGUGUCGCCCUUUCGCGAGCCAAGGAAGGUUUUUAUAUUAUGGGAAAUAUGCAGUUAUUGUGCAAUAACAGUCAGAUUUGGCCAAAUAUUAAAGGUGUAUUAGAGAAACAAAAAGCGUUGGGCUCCAGCCUAACUGUACGUUGUCAAAUUCACCAAGAUCAAGUUGCCCAUAUUGAAAAGCUGGAAGAUUUCAAAAAAGUGCCAGAAGGUGGUUGCCUUAAAAUGUGCAAUGCUCUUUUGAAUUGUGGGCAUAUUUGUAAAAAAUGCUGCCACCUUGUUGAUAGAGAUCACGAGACUUUUAGAUGCACAGAACGCUGUACAAGAAUACUUUGUGACAAUGGUCAUCAGUGUCCCAAGAAAUGUUUCGAAAAUUGUGGUGAGUGCACGGUAUUAAUGAAACGACUUUUACCUUGCCUACAUGAGGAAUUGGUUCCCUGUUAUAUGGAUCUAAAUGAAUUUUGUUGUAAGGCCCAAGUGGACACCGUUUUACCCUGCGGUCAUAAGACGGUUAAGCCCUGCUUCAUCGAUUCUACGAAAGUUAGGUGUCCGUUCCCCUGUGAAACUCGCAUAGAACCAUGUGGUCAUUCUUGCAGAAUGACCUGCCAUAUAGGAAAGGACCCCGAUCAUUUGGAAUAUAAAUGCACCAAACCGUGUUCAAAACCGAAAGCUGGCUGCUCAACUGGUGAGCAUCCCUGCCAGCAGAUGUGUUUCGAAAUAUGUAAACCAUGUGAGGUAAUUGUCUUAAAAAAAAGAACUAAAUGCAGCCAUGCUUUCGGUGUAAAAUGCAGUUCGAACGUGGACGAUUUCGAAUGCCGUAAACCAUGCAAGAGGGAACUUCUUUGUGGACACAAAUGCAAGAAGAGUUGCUCUGAGCCGUGUGGUGAUUGCCACUUUAAGGUUCAAAAAAUGGCUCCCUGUACUCACAUGGUACAAGUCAAAUGUUAUAAAAAUCCAACUCGUUUGGAUUGUAAAGGAACCUGUACACUUCUCUUACCUUGUGGUCAUCCAUGUCAACAACGGUGUAAUCAGAAAUGCACUGUUUCAUGCAAAGUACUCGUUAAAAGUAACAAACCUUCCGACUGCGGACACACUGUUGAUGUGCUUUGCCAUCUACGUAACGAAGAUCUUCUAAGUGGAAAUUUCAGUAUGACUAAAUACUGUUCAAGUCCAUGUGGAGAACGAUUAGCCUGUGGUCAUCAAUGUUAUGGCACGUGUGGUAAUUGUGCACAGGGUCGCAUACACGUUACCUGUUCAGAAAAGUGCGAGUUCCCAUUAGUGUGCGGUCACGUCUGUCGUACGCCAUGCCGAGCUUCAUGUCCUCCAUGCGACCAAAAGUGCACGUAUAGCUGUGUACAUAGUAAAUGUCCUAGAAAAUGUGGACAACCAUGCGUUGAUUGUAAAGAACCAUGUCCGAGACGUUGUCAGCACUUGCGGUGCGAGAAUUACUGCGGUCUCCCAUGUUCCGUUCCUCCCUGUACUGAGCCCUGUCUUCGACGUCUUCCUUGUGGUCACAACUGCAUCGGUUUUUGCGGCGAUCCAUGCCCCCAUUUAUGUCGGAUCUGUGAUAAAGAAGAAUUGACUUCUUUCAUUUUGAUGGGCAAUGAGGAGGAUGAUAAUGCUCGGUUUGUAGAACUGUUGGAUUGCGGACACGUUAUCGAAAACGAAGGCAUGGAGAUGUGGUUGGAGACGGCAUCGGAAAAGGUUGGCGUCAAAACGUGUCCUCAAUGUAACUGUCCAAUAACCACCACAAUGCGCUAUUCCGAUUAUGUGAAAAAGGCCAACAAGAUAGUGACCGCAGUCAAAGAGAAGUGUGUAGGAAAUCGAUGGCAGAACGAUAGAAAACGGAAACAACUUCUUAAUGAAACUAACAAUAUUUCUGUGGUUGGAUUAAACAAAAAUACAAGACAGUUGGUUAAAGAAAACCUUCUUCGAGAAUUAGAAGAGUCUUUACUACCUAAUCGACGAGGUCGACGAAACAACAUAACGGCUAUGUCAUUAGAUUCAAUAGAGGCAAAAAUAAAUGUAAUCAAACUAAUAAUGCAGAAGAUAGCAGAUGCCAAAAUAAUGUUAGAAGGUGUUUACGACGAUUACGCAUACUUUCUAUUUAAAAGAGUAUUCGAAGCUGAACGCAUGUCUGAUCAAACUCGUUUGGAUUUUGACUUAGAAAUCACGCGAUUUAAUCGAAUUAUACAGUUGGCUCAAAUUGAGAAGUCGACUCAUUUUAAAAAUUCAAAAUCACUAGCUAACGUUCAAAGUGCCUUUAAAUCCGCCCAUAAUAAUGUGUUUAUUUGUAAAAGAUGGUCUGAUAAUUGUGAUAAUAAAUCCAAAGAAUCUUUACAGUUACUCAAUAAAGCGAUAAACGGAGCAACCGUUAUAACAGAUGAAGAAAAACGUCAAAUAAUUACCGCUAUGCAAAUGAGACAGGGGCAUUGGUUCGCAUGUCCUAAUGGGCAUCCGUAUGCCAUCGGCGAAUGUGGUGGAGCUAUGGAAGUGAGUAAGUGUCCAGAAUGUGGAGAACAAAUAGGGGGUUCUAGUCAUCAACUUCUCCGUUCCAAUCGAUUAGCUCCUGAAAUGGACGGUGCACACCGUCCAGCUUUUCCAACAUUGAAUUACCGGCUCUAAUGUCCAUAAAUGGUAAUAGUUAUCCAUUUUCGUGUCUAUUUUUUUUUAUUUUAAAACAUUAAUUUGCAAUAAAAUACAUAAUAGUUUUUAGUAUUACGAUAUAGUGGGGAAGAAAGAUUGUUAUAACUAGAAAAUACACAUGCUUGGUCAAUAUUUUUGGAAUCAGCCACCGAGUGCAUGUGAUACAGCAUUUUAAUAUCCAUGAUUCAAUUAAUUCUUUUUUUAUAAAUAGAAUUUAAAUACAAAUUACAAAUCACUUUUAUAAAGUCAUUUGUCAAUCAAACUCCAACUACUUGUUCACGAAAGGGCUUGAAGACAGUGCUUUUAAACCCUAAAAAGAUCUAAAGCACAAAGCACUAAAGUUUUUGCUCAGCUCUGUUUAAAAUUUAUUAAUUUCAUAUAUCAAUAUUUACUUUGUUUUUAUAUGAAUAAGUAAAAUUGAAAUGGAUGUUUAUCGUUAUGUUUGGAUAUUAUUUACUGCAUGUUUUAAAUGAAAAAUUAUUAAAAAGAAAAAAGAAAACACCAGCGUUUAUAUGUUAUCUUAAUUUAAUAAUCAAACAAUAUUUGUUAGAACUAUGUUAAUUAAUGCUUGUUAAUCAUAAAUGUUCAAUUUCUUUUGUUUUGUGAUUUUAUUUUGUUAUGUUUAUUGCAGUAUAUCUUGUAAUGUAUUUAAUUAAUAAGCCUUUUAAAGUUUUUGUUGUUUUUUUGUCUUUCUAAAAUGUAAGCUAUUUAAGUUUUAUAUAUAAAUAAGAUUUACGACAAUACAACAACAAACAAUAUUUAGAUACAAAAUAUGAUAUCAAUAUUAUUUUUCCACUUGCAGGAGUCUAUGUAGCAAAAUGUGGACAUUUUUUUACAAUAAAAGUUUUAUAAAUUCAGAUUGCAUUUGUUGUUGUUUUGUUGACAUGGAGUUAUAAAAUGUUAAAUCCUAAUCGAUUUGGUAUUAAGACAUUUUAGACCUUUUUUAGAAAUUGGGUUCUUUCUAUAUGUUGUUGCAGCCUUUUCAAAUGUAUUUACUUUCCGUGUUACUAUAAAAUUGUAUUAAUUUUAAUUAGUUAUCCUUUAACAGAUUUCCAUAAAAGAACAUUUUGUUGCUAUGUCAACUUCACUACUACAAGGCAAUCAUAAAUGCGUUUACAAACUUACACACUCAUAAUAAAUGUUUUAUUAAACAUUUGCAAGAAAUGUAUCUUAACUUUUGGCAUUCUGUACACAAUCACACACAUAAUUAGAAAACAUCUGCACUCUGAUUGCUACAAUUAAGGAUAUUCAACUUACGCUUUUUCAAUGUAAAAUGGAGACCUGGAAGAGUUAAACAUCUACAAGUACUAACUUUGUUACAUCAAGUAAGUAAAAAAAUCACAUAGUAAUAGCAGCAAAGAUAAGUUUUACUAGUUGUAUUUGUACUAUUACUGAAAAAGUAGCACUAUAAUUUCUUAUCUGAAUAUUUACAGUAUACAUCUCAAAUGCUAUAUAACGCUAACGAACAGGACAUAACACAUAAAACCAACACAUCUCUAGGCACCAGAUAAUACAUUUCAAGCAUAAUUAUAGUCGGCACACGUUCCUUUUUAAUUUUGUUUUCAAUUCAUGUAGAUAAUAUAACCUCUAAAUAUGAAACACACCACUGCAAACUAACUAAAGAAUCAAUUGAGAAGCAAAUUCAUCACCAAAAUCAGAAAAUUCGACUCUUUCUUUUAGUAUAAAUUUUAACUCUGCAAACAAAUUAUUUAAAUACUUUAUAAUUGCCUUCGUC